CUUCAGAGAGAGAGAGAGAGAAAACAUGUGUGCCUACUGAGUGACCGAUUGCUUCCUUCUUAUUGCUUCUUCAGUUUUCAUUACUUUACUUUGUAGAUCAGAGUUAGGGUUUGCUGGGAUUUCAAUCGAUUUCAUCGAAGAUGACUCAAGAUCUUGAGAUGAAGGAUCGCUCAACGCCUUCAAACUCGGUUUCGACGCCUGUUCCUUCUACUCUGCACCAUUUGAAGGAGAUAGCUUCACUCAUUGAGACCGGUUCUUACUCGAAAGAAGUUCGGAGAAUUGCGCGUGCUGUUCGCCUCACAAUUCAAUUGAGGCGCAAAUUGACUGCUUCGAUUAUCUCGUCUUUUCUCGAUCAUGUUCUCACUCCCGGUUCUGAGGCUCAUGCCAAAUUGUCUGCUUAUCUUCCCAAGGAGGAUGAUCAUGAGAUGGAAGUGGAUGCUGCAACUUCUGCUAUUCAAGCAACUUCUGCUAUUCAAACACCGGCCAAACAUUUGCUUCCUGAGCUAGAAAUCUACUCUUACCUUCUUGUAUUACUUUUUCUGAUUGAUCAGAAAAGAUACAAUGAGGCCAAAGCCUGUUCCUCAGCUAGUGUUGCUUGGCUGAAGAACGUGAACAGAAGAACUGUUGAUGUUAUUGCAUCCAGACUGUAUUUUUACUAUUCUUAUAGCUAUGAGCUCACGGGUGAUCUUGCUGAAAUUCGGGGCAAUCUCCUUGCUUUGCACCGGAUUGCCACCCUGCGUCAUGAUGAGUUGGGUCAGGAAACCCUUCUUAACCUGUUACUUCGCAACUACCUUCACUACAAUCUAUAUGAUCAGGCGGAGAAGUUAAGAUCUAAGGCUCCACGGUUUGAAGCACAUUCAAACCAGCAGUUCUGUCGCUAUCUCUUUUACCUUGGGAAGAUUCGGACGAUUCAGUUGGAGUACACCGAUGCGAAGGAAUCUCUUCUGCAAGCUGCUCGGAAAGCUCCAGUUGCAGCACGGGGUUUCCGAAUUCAAUGUAACAAGUGGGCUGUGAUAGUGCGUUUACUGCUGGGAGAAAUACCUGAGCGGACUGUCUUUAUGCAAAAAGGAAUGGAGAAUGCUCUGAGGCCUUACUUUGAGCUUACUAAUGCUGUCAGGAUUGGAGACUUGGAGCUUUUUAGGAAUAUUGCAGACAAAUUCGCUACCACCUUCAAUGCAGACGGAACUCAUAAUUUGAUUGUACGCCUGCGGCACAAUGUCAUCAGGACUGGUUUACGUAACAUCAGCAUCUCAUACUCCCGCAUCUCAUUGGCAGAUGUUGCUAGAAAAUUGAGGUUGAACUCUGCAAGUCCCGUUGCUGAUGCUGAGAGCAUUGUAUCAAAGGCUAUCCGUGAUGGGGCAAUUGAUGCUACAUUGGAUCAUGCAAAUGGUUGGAUGGUCUCUAAGGAAACUGGAGAUAUUUACUCCACCAAUGAGCCUCAGUUGGCUUUCAAUUCUAGGAUUGCCUUUUGUCUUAACAUGCACAAUGAGGCUGUGCGAGCCCUGCGUUUUCCGCCGAACACACACAAAGAAAAGGAAAGUGCUGAGAAGAGGAGAGAGAGGCAACAGCAAGAGCAAGAACUAGCUAAGCAUAUUGCAGAGGAGGAUGAUGACGACUUCUGAUAAUGGUCUUUCUUUACAGUUUGUUUCCAUUCUGCUCUGAAGUUUUAUUAUUUGAAUGUUCUACUCUGAAGGAUUUGUCAUGAUAAUCUUUUUUUCUAUCUGAGCGAUACAUUCCUAGGCAGUCAGAUGAGACUCUCCUUUUCUUAUGGAGGAGAUAUGGGGUUGAAGACCAUCUCUUGACAGCAUGAUUCAGUUACAUUACCGUGUGUUCUCUUAACAUGAUAAUCUUUUUUUAGUUUUCUUAAUCAUCUCGUUUAGUUUAUACCUUUGUGUGUGAUUGUAUUUAGUUCAUUCUACCAAACAUCGUUACUCCUUUAUUUUUGUUCUUCGUCAUAUUUAUUGGGUUUCUUUUGUA